AUGGCGGCACUCCUCUGCGACUUGCAGCCAGGCGACAAGAUCAUCGCCCCCAGUUACACCGACACUAUGAACCUAGAUCACCGUCUGAACGAAGGCGCCAUCACCGAACACACCUGCGUCAUUGCUCCCGUGCACUAUGCCGGCAUAGAGCGUGGUAUGAACGCCAUCAUGGGAAUCGCUAGGAGGCGCAAUCUCUUAAGGGCUUAG